GCACGUGCGCCGGUCGCACCAAUCGCACCGACCGCGUAGUUGUCCGACGUUCGGCCGUCGCCAGGCCGACUGUAGACCGACGGCCGCAUCAGCCGCGGCGCAUCCUGCGCGCCACCGCCUGCUGGUCCGCACGUACGCCACCGUGGCCGCGCGGUAGUCGCCGGACCGGGAAAAGAUAAAAAAAAAAAAAGAAAAAAUCCGUCGCACUCGGCGCUCGGCGGUUCGACGCCGCGCAUCGACGGCCGGCGAAGAGAGAGGGAGUAGACCGCUGUUCGUGAGGCUCGACGCGUAACAGUGUUCUUGUCCGAAACCACGCCACCGCACUACCACUACCGCUAACCGCAAACCACUACCGCAGAUACCGCUGCUGCUCGUACAACAGCUGCGCCAACACCGCGCGAACCAUGUACGUGUCGCUGUGCAGAGGGAUCCCGGAGAGUUCCUUCAGGAAGCCGCCUAAGCAGCAGCCCCCGCAACACCGGUUGAACCUGAGCGGCGCGAGCGGCGGUGGCGGUCCCCCCCGCAGGAAGUUGUCCGGUUACACGCGGCCGCAGUUCGCCGGUCCCAUGGAGUUGGAGACGCUGAUGGAGGAAGGGGCCUCGCCCGACCCGGGCAGACGGGGAGCCGACGGUCCGACGGCGGCGGACGACGGCGACACUCGCGCGCCACUGAACAACGGGGACAAACGGCGCGCGGCACAUCAGCACGACCAGCGGCAGCGGAAAGACGACGACGCGGCCGCGAUGAAGACGAACACAGAGAGUACGCGCAGCUCGAUCAACCUUUACUUGGCCGCGUUCACAGUGAACAUGGGCGCGCUCGCCGCCGGCUGCGCCAUGACGUGGUCCUCGCCGACCCUGGUCAAGCUGCAGAAAGGCGACCCGAGCACGGGCAUGGAGAAGAUCACCCUGGAGGAGGCCAGCUGGGUCGGUUCGCUGGUCACGCUAGGCGCCGCCAUCGGGCCCGUACUGGCCGGCGUGCUGUUAGACAGGAUUGGCCGGAAGAACACCAUACUUAUCAGCAUGAUAAUGUUGGCCGUCUCGUGGAUCCUUAUAGGGUUCGUGCCCGGCAUCCCUGCGCUCUACUGCGCCCGAGUUCUGGCCGGGCUCACCGUCGGCGUCAUAUUCACCGCCGUGCCGAUGUACAUCGCCGAGAUAUCUGAGUUGCAUCUGAGGUCAUCGCUGGGCACACUGAUGCAGUUCUUCUUAGUCGCUGGAUUUUUGGUCGAAUACGCUGUCGGACCGUACACGACGUACCUGACAUUGGUGAUCGUGUCAUUGGCGAUGCCGAUCCUUUGUUUUGGCAUGUUCGUAUGGAUGCCCGAUUCGCCGCAUUCGCUUUUAGCGCGAUCCGGAGGGGAGGAGAAAGCCUUGAAAUCGCUCAGAUGGUUGCGUGGCAACCCGGAAGAGACGGUUCUGUUGAAGGAGCUCGAAGAUAUCAAGAAAUCCGUGAACGAAGCCAAGGAUCAAAAGUCCGGCGUCAGUGAUUUAUUCAACAACCGGGGCAACAUUAAUGCAUUAAUGAUUUCAUGUGCCAUGGUAGCGUGGCAGCAGCUUUGCGGCAUAAUCGUGUUGCUGAUCUACAGCCAAAUGAUCUUCAUCCAAACUGGUGUUGAACUGUCGUCCAGCAUGUCCACUAUUAUCGUCGGAUCCGUGAUGUUGGGCGCGUCCGCCUUGACGCCGUGUUUGGCCAAGUUCACCACCAUGAAGACACUGUUGUACAUCUCCGGAAUAGGAAUGGCGAUUACUGAUGGAACGCUUGGUCUAUUUUUCUACUUAAAAAAUACGGGAUCUGAUGUUAGUUCGAUUGGAUGGAUGCCGCUCUCUAGCUUAGUGGUUUUCAUUAUCACAUAUUGUCUUGGUUUCGGCCCAUUACCGUGGGCUAUCAUGGGAGAGAUAUUCCCGCCUAAUCUCAAAUCUGUAGCGUCGAGUAUGACGACAAGCUUUUGUUGGAUUCUGGGCUUCGUGCUGUCGAAAACGUUCAUCAACGUGUGCGACGUCAUCGGCAUACACUUCGCUUUUUGGAUAUUUGCCGUGUGCUGUAUAUUCGCUCUGCUGUUCACGGCUUUCGUGUUGCCCGACACCGAGGGCAAGAGUCUGCAAGAAAUCCAGGACAUGCUGCAGGGCAGAACAAAAUCUCGGAACACCGAGAUGACCAAAGCAUGACAUUACUCUACAUAAAUAUGUUUACAAAAAAGUGACUGAUUAUUAAUCAUUUUGAUUACAUAACUCGACAAAAUUUUCUACUCAAUAUAAAUAUUAAUUUUAUAUUUA